GGCGCGGUCAGUGGCGGUCUGAGUAGAGCGGCUGCCGCCAUGAUAGAACAGCAGAAGCGCAAGGGCCCAGAGUUGCCGCUGGUCCCAGUUAAGCGGCAGCGGCAUGAAUUGCUGUUGGGAGCAGCGGGGUCGAACCCCGGAGCCGGGCAGCAGCAGGCGGCGCCGGGAGCUUUGCUGCAAGCGGGGCCUCCAAGAUGUUCCUCUCUUCAAGCCCCAAUCAUGCUUCUUUCAGGACAUGAAGGGGAGGUGUAUUGCUGCAAGUUUCAUCCCAGUGGAUCCACCUUAGCAUCUGCAGGAUUUGACCGACUGAUUUUGUUGUGGAAUGUCUAUGGUGACUGUGACAACUAUGCUACAUUGAAAGGACACAGUGGAGCAGUGAUGGAACUACAUUAUAACACAGAUGGGAGUAUGCUCUUCUCAGCAUCCACAGAUAAAACUGUGGCUGUGUGGGACAGUGAAACAGGCGAGAGGGUCAAAAGACUGAAGGGACACACUUCCUUUGUGAAUUCCUGUUAUCCAGCCAGGAGGGGCCCCCAGCUUGUCUGCACUGGCAGUGAUGACGGUACAGUUAAGCUUUGGGACAUCCGUAAGAAAGCAGCCAUCCAGACAUUUCAGAACACCUACCAAGUGUUAGCUGUGACCUUCAAUGACACAAGUGAUCAGAUUAUUUCUGGUGGAAUAGACAACGAUAUCAAGGUCUGGGACCUGCGCCAGAACAAGCUGACGUACACAAUGAGAGGCCACGCAGAUUCAGUGACUGGCCUGAGUUUAAGUUCUGAAGGCUCUUAUCUCUUAUCCAAUGCAAUGGACAAUACAGUGCGGGUCUGGGAUGUCCGGCCGUUUGCUCCCAAAGAGAGGUGUGUGAAGAUAUUUCAAGGAAAUGUACACAACUUUGAAAAGAAUCUUCUGAGAUGUUCUUGGUCACCUGAUGGAAGCAAGAUAGCAGCUGGCUCAGCCGACAGGUUUGUGUAUGUGUGGGAUACCACAAGCAGGAGGAUUUUGUAUAAACUACCGGGCCACGCUGGCUCCAUCAAUGAAGUGGCUUUCCACCCUGACGAACCCAUCAUUCUCUCAGCAUCCAGUGACAAGAGACUAUAUAUGGGAGAGAUUCAGUGAGGAGACUCCACAAGGCUGCUUGACCCUGAGACCUCAGACAGCAUAAGUGGCAUGAAAUGAUGCCCAAGCCAGCAUCCUCCCUUCAGAUGAAGAUCAAUACUAGCAAGAAAGAAGGAAGAGGUGGCCAUAUUCCAGCAACACAUGUAUCCCAUUUCACCAGGAUGAUUAAGGCAAGCUUACAGUGGUCUCUUAAAACCACCUGCCAGAUUUCAGGGACUGUUUGGUUUUUUUCUUCCCUUUUUUUUUAAAUAAGUUUUCUUCAAAGAGACAGACAUUGGUUGUAGUUUCCUGUUUCCUGAUCCAGGCUGAAGACAGGGAAUAUGACUGAAAUUUAUUUCUUGGGGAUUUUUUUUUUUAAUUCAGUAACUUGUAUGAUAUUUUCUUUCUGUGUUUCUCUGACUCAUUUUGUAUUAAAAGCCAAAUAGAUGUCUUUUUACAGGA